AUGUGUACUUUACAAAAACUAAUUCAGGAUCUCAACAUUACUGACUUUGCAGAACAGUUCUACUUGAAGGAACAGUUGAUCAUUUCAGUAGGAAAGACGAGUAACCAUGUGGUGCUAAUGGCACAGUUAUUGUCUCAAGGCAAAUGCCAUGGUAUACAUGCGUUUAUUGUGCAAAUCAGAAGUGAGAAGGAUCAUACACCUUUACCAGGAAUAUCGGUUGGAGAUAUCGGUAACAAAAUUGGAUAUAACGCUAUGGACAAUGGAUUCCUUAGAUUUGAUAAUGUUCGAAUUCCCAGAAGAAAUUUACUAGCACGAUAUUCCAGGAUUGAGAAAGAUGGUACUUAUAUACCGGCAAAAAACCCUAGACUGGCUUAUGGCACCAUGGUUUUUGUUCGUGCAUUAAUUGUUGGAGGUUGUUCAAAGUCGCUGGCUCAAGCCUGUGUGAUAACAACAAGAUACAGUGCUGUAAGAAGACAAACUGAAAUAAGACCAGGAGGCGAGGAGCCACAGGUGAUAGACUACCAGACACAACAAGAGAAAAUAUUCCCAUUGUUAGCUGCAGCUUAUGCAAUUUUCUUCACAGGGGAUGUGAUGUUAAAGGAAUAUGUUAGGAUCAAUGCAGACAUGGAGAAAGGUAUCUUCGAUGAGAUGGCUGCGCUUCACGGCCUUGCCGCCGGCUUAAAAGCAUAUUCAGCUGAAAUAACAAGUAACGGUAUUGACAAAUUACGUAGAGCAUGUGGAGGACAUGGUUACUCACAUGCCAGUGGUCUCCCAAAAAUCUGGACAUAUAUCACACCUGCUUGUACAUACGAAGGGGAGAACACUGUGAUGUACCUGCAGUGUGCAAGGUAUCUAGUUAAACAGUAUGCCCAGGCAGCCACAGGACAGAAACUUGUAGGGUUUAUGUCCUACCUCAACAAUCCAGUCAAACAGAGAAGUGCACUAAAUGACACACUCAAUAUGUCAGACAUGAUAGAGGCAUAUGAACACACGGCUGCAAGGUUAAUCAAGGUUGCAGCAACUAGAAUGCAGUCACUGAUGAAAAGUGGAGUGUCUGUCGAGGAAGCUAGAAACAUGUGUGGUGUACCUAUGGUGUCGGCUGCUAAGGCCCAUUGUGAGGCAUACGUUGUGAAACUGUUCAGUAGUGUUGUGAACAGAAACGACCUUGAACCUUCUGUUGCUAGAGUUCUUCAGACAUUAUGCAAGCUUUAUGCUGUCUAUGGAAUCAACGAGAGACUUGGGGAUUUUAUCCACGAUGGUUUCUUGGAUGGUCAACAAGCUGAUAUGAUCCUGAACCAAACACUUUCAUUGUUUGCUGAAAUCCGACCAAACGCCGUUGCUCUCGUUGAUGCCUUUGACUAUCCAGAUAAAAUCUUGCAGAGCUGUAUCGGACGUUACGAUGGCAGAGUAUACGAAGCCCUGUAUGAAUAUGCCAAAACUUCACCGCUCAACAAACAAGAGGUUCAUGGCUCGUAUUAUACUACCUUAAAACCAUUGAUGGAAGGAAAGCUGAAGUUUGAUUCGCUAUCUGCCAGAUUGUAGAAGUUAAACUGAAGCCAUCUCAGCAUAACUGUACUUGAAAUAGUACACCAAUAAUCAGAAACUGCAUGAAAAUAUAUUUGUACUAGUAAUUGCUUGUUGAACGUUUAAAGCAGAAAAUUUGCCCAACAUAUUUUUGGUCGAAAAAGUUCUGCAUUUUGAAAUAUUCAAACCUUAAAAAUGAAAUUAAAAGGACUUCCUUACGUCAUAUGAUUUCACCAUGUCAGUACAUUUCAUUUAACAAUAUUUUCAUUUUAUAAAGGCAUUCCAUUCAAUAGAGAAUGUUUUAGUCUUAAAAUGGGUCUAGAAUUGCAAAACGUAAACUUUCUAUGGUACACAUUUCAACUGUUUCUCUAAGACAAAGGUUUCUUUAAGGAUAGUCUAUCAUGUACACACGAACAUAGUGAGAAAAUGGACUAGAUUUUGUACGAAAAUUUCUUCAUUGCUACAUUGUAGUAUUUCAUUGGCAUCCAUCAACCCUAGCGUUUCAUCUUAAAUCUGUAACAAAUUUUAUGAGCAAAGAUAAUUAUUCUUUCUCUCUUUUUAUGUUGAGUUGACGUUACAACGUAGGUCAUGUCUAAUCGAACAACAUGUGGCAACUGUUGCAGGUUCGCUCCAUGUCACCUCGUUGAUUAAAUACUUGUAUUUAUGUGUAGAAAUGGUGAUUUUGGCCUUAGUCUGCUAUUACUCUAUCAAUAGGGAACUAAGUAUUCAUGACUAAUUUACUGGAGCCUGUUUAAGGUUGAAUAUCAUUCAUGCUAAGAACAAUAUAGGACCACCCUGCACUUGUGAAAACAAUCUAACACGUGUUUAUGCCGUCAUGUUUUGUAUUAGUCCUGUUUUGAUUAUUUCUCUUGGUUAAUUUCAUAUAGGUUUGACGUUGGGAGGGGGUUGGGGUGUGGCGGCAAAGAGGUUUGUGGUGUUUUAUGGCGUGUAUCAACAAUUUACAAAUGUACUUAAUCACUGUAAAAUUAUAUUGAAACAUUUUAUCUUGUAUUAAGGUGUACGAUCCACAAAUAGAUAAUAUUUCAUUUUCUUAUGACCCUAUGCUUUUUUGAUAUUAAUUGAAAGAGUUGUGUCUGCUGAACAAGCCAUAAUAAUAUGCACGAAUCACUACAGUCAUGUUUUUGACUGCGAAAUGAUAAAUCUUGUAUUUUAUUAACUUGAUUUCUGUUGCAGUACAAUGUAUCAUUGAAAAUUAUAAAGAAAGUAAAUAAAAAUUUUGUUGCA